AUGGCAGCGUUAAACGCCUCAGAAAACGAAGAAACAACUGCAAAAAACUUGAAUCAUCCAAAAAAUUUGGGAUGGAAAGCACCACAUGGACAUCGUGAAAAGAGAUAUGGAGGAUGGGGAGGUGGUUAUCCAGGGAUGUAUGGUGGAUACGGAGGAGGAUAUCCUGGAAUGGGUUAUGGAGGUUAUGGAGGUGGAUAUCCAAUGGGUGGAAGUUAUGGAAGCAGUUCUUGGGGUAGCUACUCGAGUUUCAGUUCUGGAGGAUACAGCAGCUUUAACAACGGUUUUUGGGGACGUUGA